AUGGCAGAGUGUCCUUACUGUGGAAGUGCUAAUAAGCAGGCUGGUGGUGGUACUGAGGACUGUCCAUAUUUGAUGGCAGCGUAUGUAUUUGCCGGUCUUGCUAUGAUGCUCAAUAUUAGACUCUCAUAUAGUUCUGCUCCAUAUGCACUCAUUAGAUUUAGGUUGCCGGAGAACCUAUUCAGUGUGUUUGUUAGGAGAAUGGCUAGUGCUUUGGAACUCUGGUGUUUACCUAGUAUGUUACUGGGUAACAUAAUGGAAUAUGGUCUUAAAGGAUACUAUCAAAUUAAAAACUACGAGUCAGACUUCGCCAAUGGCUUCAAUCUCAAAGUCCCUUCCACCAUCAACAUCACCGACAGCACCCCCAAAACCAUCACUAUCAAAAAUCUACCUCACGUAAAUAACACCUUCACUCCCAGACUUGAAAAAUUCUAUUGGAUCGUAGUUCCUUCAAUUAUAACUCAGUGGUUAAACUUCCUCACAUAUGUAAUACUAUUGUUUGUCUAUAUUUCGGGUGGUGAUCAAGGGCAUCUAACUGUAUUUUACUUUGUUAUCGCAAUUUCAGGAUUUGUAUUUGGUAUUAACAUGGUAUUACUGUAUGCCGUUGACUGGAAUUAUAUACCUGUCUAUAUGGUUGGUGAAAACUCAUUUCCAAUUGUAACCUCAUCAAUUCACUACAUGACUACGCUGAUAUUUGGCAAUCGUAGGAAAUGGAAUAGUGACUUCAUCAUAGUCUGGAUUGACAUUUGGGUAGCAAUAGUAAUCUCCCUUGUGGCCGCUUUUCUUUGGACCCUAGCCUAUGGCUACUAUCGCAAUACUCAAAAAGAAGCAAUAACUGGUUAUCCUGCUUCUACUAGUACUACUAUUACAUAUGGUACUAGUAGUGAAUGUACUAAGCAUACUGCUACUCCUGUUGGUAAGGCCACUAUUACGGAUCCUACUGAUGGUAAGAGUCCUACUCUUACACUUAACGUUAGUGAUACUGCUACUAAUCUUGCUGCUAUUCAGGAGACUCAGUGUAAUGUUGAUGUGGAUACUACUAAGAAAACUCUUACUAUUAAAUAUGGUGAUGAAUGUAUUACUAUUACUGUUGGUAGUAUAACUAAAGCUAAAGGUCCUGUUCUUUAUGGUCAUAUACUUACUGAAAAGUUUGAUAUGAGUACAGUUCGGGGAGCGAUUAUUUCUCCUACACUCAUGGUCAUUGUUGGCAUGGGACUAGUGUAUGCCAUUUAUCCUGGUAUUGCACCUGGUAUGAUUGUACCAUUUUAUCUGGUUGAUAAAAUUGAAAUGGUUCUUCUCAUUGCCACAUUUUUUCCACCUGUAAUUGUAGCUCUUCUUAACAGAGGAUCAUUUAAUGAAUCUACUAAACCUUAUUCACCUAAAAACAUAUACCAAUUUCAUAAACCUGAGGAUACUGAAAAUGGCUUCGGCGGAUGGCGACCAUACAAAAAACACGUAAAAGGAUCAGCAAACUGCGAAUCUGAAUCUACUAUUGAUAAUUGGUUUUGGCACUUCUUUGAUCUCCUAAUUGUCAUUAAAAUAUCACUGGCUGCUAUAUUUAUAUAUUCACUUCAUUACAGAGAAUCUGCAAUAUCUAGAUCUAUAAUUAAUCAGCCCAAAAUGUCCACAAUCCUUAGUAUAAUAUUUUACAUGUGUCAUGAAUUUUUGUUGGCAUUAGGUUUUCCAGGUGUGAUUGGUAAUAAUGGAAGCACAUAUGUUAUGCUUCCAGCACAGUAUGUGGGCGCUCUAUUUAUGAUAUUUUUGGCAUUUUAUUCAGAGGGAUACAUUAUAGAAUAUAAAAGUCAUGAUCCAACUCAUUGGCCCACAGAAAGUAUGAAUAGGUGGAAUGUGGUAUGUAUUUGA